AUGCUUCCCAAGGGCGGAGACCGAAGCUGAGCGCUUGGUGCCGCCUCUUUCUUCCUUGCUUUCCUCCGGCGUCCAACUCAGCUUGAGAGCCCGCCUAUAACGGCCGCGGAAGAAGCAACGCUUGGCUGAUGCAGAGAGAAAAGGUUCCGAUUUCAGCAAAGACUGAUGCACUGACUACCAGUCAGCUGGAACAAAGACAACCAAAUGUUUUAUUAUGGCAGAGAGCUCCCAAGGUUGUAGCUUGCCCACAGAGGGUAUGUCAAGUUCUAUGAUGCAAGAGCAAGAAGAAUGGAGAAUCAUAAACAAGUUAUUAAGACAACAUGGCUUAAGAUCUGUGUGUUUUGAUAAAUCUGAAGCUNGCAGAAAUCUAGCAGAUAGGAUUGUUAUAGACAGACAGACUUCACAAGCAAUACGGUAUGCUUUGAAAACAUUACUGGAAGAGACAGAGCGUCAACGAAAAAUUGUUCGUGGCUUGAUUGAAGAUAAUCAGCAGCUUCGAGCUGAAUUGCGCUUGGAGCGAAAUCAUGCUUCUCGGCAGGAACAAAGGGCCAAUGAUCUGGACAUCAUUGUGGAAAAUAUCAAACACAAAAUACGUCAAUUGGAAGAUGAAUCUAUAGCUAAUGCUUCCCAGCAACACAACCAAGUCAAAGAGCUUCAGAAAGAUAAACAAGCUUCACAGGUAAGGUACCAUCAACAGGCUGACAAGUUACAAGAGCAAGAAGAGACUAUUGUCCGUUUGGAGAAGGAGCUGUGUAGAAUGGGCCUGGAGGAGGAGGAACGUAUUGCUACUCAGAAGAAAAUGUUUCGCCAGUUUUGCAAACGAGCUCCAAGAACUCAGUUAGAUCAGCAGAUCUGUUGUCUAAUUGAUUGUUACGAAUCUCAGAUCAACCAAAUGAGAAAAGAACUAAGGAAAUAUAAGAGAGAGUCCAAUCAAACAGAAGGAAAAGGAAAAGAUGAUGAUGAAUUCUUGAAGAAUGUUGAUGCCACUGUUAAUUACAGAGCCCUGCUUAUGUCUUUCCAGACUCAAAUAAUUGAGUCAAAAGCCCGAAAUGAACAGCUGAUUCGUGAAAAUACAAAUUUAAAGAAAGAGAUAGAAAUUAGACCAACUGCACAAGAGUUAAAAUUGUACAAACACCAAGUGAGGAAGUUGGAGAAAACAUUGAAGAACAUCAAGUCACAUCAGAGCAAUGAAGAAGGAAAUAUGAAAGAAAACAAAGAGUUUAAAAGUAAUAUAGGAGGAGACCAGGUACAGGAAGUUUGCAGAACUUACUUGCAGGUAUUGUCCAGGAUUGAUUCUAUUAUAAGAAGCCCAGGAAGAGCCCCCCUUGUAAUGCACAUGCAGAGGAAAGAGCCACCACGAAACUCUGCAAAGGAUAACGAUCAGGAAUGUGGAUUUGAGCACCUUCCUCUUACAAUUGAAUUGUGGGCUGACCAGCUCCUGGCUCUGAAGAACUUGCAUAGAUCCUUGAAAAAGCUGUUUCUGCAAUUAAUGCCUUGGCAUACAGUAGCUGUACAGGAUGACAAGGAAUGUAUUCGUGUUGAAGACCUUCAGCUCAUGGUAGAUGAAAUGUCUGAAGAAGUAGAAAGUGAGGAAAAGAAAAGUCAUGUGCCUUCACAACAAACUUUGUAUGCAAUUGUCUCUCACUUUCAAAAGCUGUUUGAUGUGAAUUCUUUGAAUGGAGUUUACCCACGAAUGAAUGAAGUUUAUACAAAACUUGGUGAAAUGACCAAUGCUAUGAGAAACCUCCGUGAUCUCUUGGAACUAGAUACUGCAGCCCCACCCGGUGUCCUGGUGAACACAGUGGGAAAGCUUUGUAGUCUCUUCAGGGAGAAUGUGACCUGGCAGGUAGAGCAGCUGCUAGGAACGCAAGACAUCCAGAGCAUUAUUUAUAAACUAGAAGAACAUGAUGACUUUUUUCCAGCAUUCCAAGCUCUUACUGAGAAUUUACUUCACAUUCUAGGAGUCAGAAAUCUGACAGACAUCGUGCCUGCUGUGCAGCAGCUGAUAUGGAAAGCCCAAUAAUGUAAACCAUGUACAGACUCUUAUGAGAUGUAGCUACCUCUUAUGUAUAGCUCUCAAAUGAUUCGAUUAAAAUAUCUUCACUCA